GAAAACACCAAAGCUUGACGUGUGUUGACGUCAAGACAAGGGACAUGUUAAUAAAUUACGAAUGUAGGCUUUUGUUUGUGCCGGGUUGUUAAAUAAAACAGUGGAGCAGCAAAAGAAGACAACGCAAGGACUUUUGGCCCAUCGUCACUUCCGCUUCUCAUUGAUUCAACUAACGGCGAGUUCGCGUCGGUCACAUUGUGGCGAUUGAGUGAAUUUUAAAGACAUGGUUCACAAGAAAGAGCCUGAAUCAGAGCCUCGGCUUUAUGGCUUUACCAGAACAGCGUCUGUUGUGUUGACCCACCUCAUCUGCUUUGGCUUCGCUGUCUUCAUCUCAGUUCUCUCUCGACCCGGUACAAGUUGGUUUUCUUGGCAUCCUUUCUUGAUGACCCUAGCUUUUUCCUUCUUCAUGACAGAAGCUAUACUCCUCUUCUCACCUGAGGGCUCUCCUAUCAAAAGUUUUUCACACAAAACCAAAGGUGGUGUUCACCGGCUCCUGCAGGGCCUCUGUGCUUCUUGUGCAGUCCUGGGCUUUGCUGCCAUCUUUUAUAACAAACACCUGAGUGGUAAACCCCACUUCACCUCGUGGCACGGUCUGUUGGGCCUGCUGACAGUGUGUGUGGUCAUUGCGCAGUCCUUGGCAGCGAUGCCUCUCAGUUAUCCUUCUCUAGCCAAAGGCUGGUCCCUCGCCAAACUCAAGCGCUACCACGCGGCGUCUGGACUCAUCACCUACCUGCUUGGCAGUGCCAGCAUGCUCCUGGGCCUCUGCUCUGUGUGGUUCGCUGGAGCUGUCAGAGAAUACACCUGGUACCUGUCAGCACUCUGCCUGGUGCUCAGUGCCUUGGUCAUAAUGAACCAAGUCUCCAGAUCUUACAUGGCUAAAAAACGGUUCCAGUCCUGAUGAGGAUGUAAAAGAACUUAAGAUGAGCUAGCCUCACAGAUUAAACUUAUUUGAGUUGGAUGUUUGUUUGUUUUUAAACUGAUUUACAUGGAGGGCAAAAGGUGCUGGUUUUUGCUGCCAUGAGCCUCCCUGAUGUUUUGUUUGUUUGUUUGAAAAGGCACUGUGUGAUUUAUGAAAUCCUUUUUCAAUACGCAUGGAACAAGAGCUGCAAUUGUAGACACUGAGGUCAUGUCUUAUGUAGUCUUUGUUGGAUUUUGGGUUAUCAACAAAUAUCAGCUAUUUGCUGAUCUUAAUGCUAUCAGCAUUUGUAAUAGCCAGUAAAUGAGAAUUAAAGAUGAGACAGAGGAAGCAGCCUUUAUAUUUUGAGUGUCGAGAAGAGUGUAAGCGAGUAAAUAAAUAACUACACAUCAACGUUAAAUGUUGAAAGAAAAUAAAAUAUUGGCACAUUUAUUGGAUAUUAGAUUUUUAUAUCAACUAUCAGCAUUUGUAUUGUUCUUUAAAAAAAACCUGACACCAGUUGGCCUCUAAUUUUGGGGUAGAUGCUACCAAAGCUGCUGUCUGGCUUGUUUGUUUAGUUUCUGCUACUUCAUGUUAGCUUUAACUUAAUGAUCAAAGUUUUUGUGUUAAGUAGAAAAUGUUGCAGUUUUAAACCAACAAACAUAGAUCUCAAGCUUGCAAAGGGUGGAAUGUUGGAGCAAGUACUUAUUCAAUAAGGGAUUUUAAAGAAUGAUAUAAUGUGUGUAUAUACAUGUAUGAAUAUAUACACACACCAUUUAUUUACUUGUUUAUGCUCUCUUCGGAUCAACUGGUGUUUGUGGUGUUCCAAACAUGGAAGGUGCAGGGUGCCCUCUGCAAAAUCAGCACUCUCAAUAUAGUUGAAGGGUGUUUCCCCGUCUUUUAAAAUUUUAAAGUUUUCAUUCAUUUAUAGAUAAGCAAAUACCUAAUAUUUUAAUAUUAAUAAAAGCCCAUAAUAUACUGUAUAUUGACCCGACAUUGAAAUAACGUUGACCUCUUCUCAGGUUACUGAUGAUCCUGUCAUUUGAUUGUUUGUACUGUCACAUUUGGAUACAUCAUGGCUUUUAAAAUAAAUGUAUUUGUGUAU